AUGGCGCUGCGCCGCGCCAGCACCGCUGCAGCAGCCCAAUCAGCGCGCCAGGCGGUGCCGCUGCUGCUCGCGCUGCUGGCGCUGCUGACCGGGUGCUGCGGCGAGGCGGCGUUUGGCGCCGCAACGGGGGCUGGUCCUGAGGAGCUCAUGGGCCCAUCAAGGCGGCUGGCUGCGACGCACAGCGGACAUGGCGCCCCCGCUCCGCCCUUCUACCCCCCGGACGCCGAGCAGAUCGCCAUGUACAUCGUGAUCGCAGUCGCGCUAAUAAUAGCCGCCAGCGGCGGCGUGGGCGGCGGCCCCAUCUUGGUGCCGGUGUACCUGCUACUGGGCCGUUUCAGCAACACCACGGCGGUGGCGCUGUCCAACGCGUCCAUCUUCGCGGCUUCUGUCGCCAACGUGCUGCUGGUUGUGCCGCGCAGGAGGCAUCCCUCCAAGGACCGACCCCUGGUGGCGUGGGACCUCAUCAUGCUGCUGCAGCCGCCCACCGCCAUCGGCGCGAUGUGGGGCGCCUAUGUGAACAAGGUGGUGCCCGUGUGGAUUGCGCAGGUUCUGCUGGCCCUCAUGCUGACAUUCAUGUCUUGGCGCAUCACAAACAGGGCGAUGUUCAUCUUCAAAAAGGAGUCCGCCGCGCAGGCUGCGGCUGGCGGCGCGCCGGCGGUCGCUGAGGGUGGGGCCCGCAAGGGCAAGGGCGGCAGGGCCGGCCGGCACAAGGACAGCGGCAAGGGUAAGGGGCAUGACAAGGAUGCUGGUCUCGGGGAGGAGGUGCAGAAAGGGAAGCAGCAGCAGCCGCCGCCGCCGCCGCCGCAGCAGCAGCAGCAGCAGCAGCAGCAGCAGCCGGAGCAGCAGGAGCAGCCGCCAAAGCAGCGGAAAGAGCAGGAGCACAAGCAAGAGCAGGAGCAGGCGCAGCCGCAGGAGAAGGCAGAGGAACAGGAAGAUCAGCAGCAGGUGCUCGAGCAGCAGAUGAAGGAGCAGGCAGGGGCACCUGCCGGCACCAAGACCGCCGCCUCUUUGGUUGACCCAAAGCGCUCAGAGGCCGCCGGGGGCGGCGCCGCCGCCAGCCGCCCAGUCAGCCGGAGCACAUCAGAGGGCGACGCCACCGCGACCAUCGUCGCAGCCGCGGCGAGCGGCGACAGCGGCGGCACCGGCAGCGAGAGCUGCAGCGACAGCGAGGGCGAGAGCGAGGGCGAAGGCGCGGGCAGCAGGCCUGCCGGGGCGGGCGCCGCGCCCGCCGUCCCAGUGGAGACGGCAGGGCUUGGCCUGAGGCAGUGGGCGUCGCGCGACCUUCCAACCCUCGAAAUCGAUAUUGUCACGGCGGGCAGCGGCCUCUGGAGCAUGUGCGAGGCCAUGCCGGCCGUGGCGGGGGACGAGGGCGACGCGCACGCACCCGGCGCGCGCCAGGCCGCGGCCGACGCGUCCCCGCGGCCGUCGACCCCUCCGCCCACGCCGCCGCCGCCGCCGUCCGAGGCGGAGAGCCGGCUCGCGUACGCGCCGCCCGAGGAGCGCCCCGAGGGCGACUGCGACCCGGACGUCGGCGGCGGCGCGGUGCGCGGCGUGCCCGUCGGCGGCCCGACCAGCGCCGGCGAGGGCGGCGCUGCAGGCGCCGCCGAGGGCGCGGGCGCGCCGCUGCCGGCGCCGGAGGUUGCUGAGGAACGGCUGGCGUCGGAUCUUCGGCGCGUGCUGAAGGGGGAGGCGCGACAGGUCCCGCCGUGGCACGCGGCGGGGCUGCUGCUGAUGUGCGGGACGCUGCUGGUGACGACGCUAUUCAGCAAGCUGCAGCCGUGUGGCGGCGCACGGUUCUGGGGGAUCCAGGCGGCGGCGGUGCCGGUGCUGCUGGGGCUGGCGGUGGCGGCGCGGCGGUACGUGCUGCGCAAGGCGCGGGUCAAGAAGGCCGCGCAGGUGGACUGGACCGGGGAGAUCAAGUGGACGCGGCGCAACACGGUGCUGUUCCCGGCCAUAUCCGUCAUGGCCGGCGUCAUCGCGGGCGUGUUUGGCCUCGGUGGUGGCAUCGUGUUCACACCCCUUAUGGUGAAGACCCACGCCGAGCGUGCCGCCCAGCGCCUCGCAGCGCGCUGCCUCGGGGCAACCGCCUGA